AUGGUCGUGUCGGCGGCUGCGAAUCGUGGAGGCCGCAGCAGUAUGGAGAGUGGCAGUGCGGGACUGCGUGCCUCGUUCGCGAGUGUGCGCUCAAGCAUCGGUGCCGGUGUGGGCGAUCCACACCGCAUGUCGUUUGACCGCUCGGAAUCGCAUGCGUCCAUACGGCCCAUGAACGCGUACCAGCCGCUGGAGGACGGGCCGCACCGGUCGUCGGUGUCGUCUGCCAUGUUCUCGGGACCGCGUCUGAGCUUCUCCGUGGACGGGCCGUCGUUCACCUUCAAGAGCGCCGAUCUUCGCCGUGCGUUGGAGCUUCACGAGGCACUCGCACGCAAGGCCUACAUGGAGGGGUACCUGCUGGUGCGCCAUGCCCUCGGUGUUGACGGCCAGCCAGAUCACCGCACGAACCGCUUUGACACAUGGACCGAGUGCUUUGUCCAGCUCCGCGGCACGGUCCUGAGUCUCUGGGAGGCGCAGCGUCUCGCCGACGCCGCGCAGCAGGGCCGCGACGUGCCGCCCAUGUACAUCAACGUGACUGAAGCACUCGUGGACUAUAUCGGCAUGUACGUCGAUGCCCCCUUGUCCGACCCCGGCACCCGCCGCACCCUAUACCAUGUCUUUGCUCUGAACUCGGCGGGCCAGAAUCGCGUCCUGUUCUGCUUCCAUAUCCCGCCGCCGUGUGACCCAGCGAAGGUCGAGCAGCGCCUCUCACCCAAGAAUGCGCAGCAUCCCGAGCAUGCCGCUGUCGUUGAAUGGCGCCGCAUCGGCCUGCAGUACCUGCAGGCGUGGAUCAACGCCAUCCGACUCGCGUCGUGGGAGCGCAUGCGUCUCGACGAGAUUUACACGGGCGCGCUCAUCCGCGCGCGCCUCAGUGCGGUCAAGGGGGCUGACGUCGCCGACGUCUCGGAGCUUGCCGUGCGCUCACCGCUCGUCAAGGGCCGGCACGAGGGCUUUGUGCGCGCACGGUUCAUGGGCUCGACAGAGUGGCGCCGCUGCUGGAUGGUCGUCCAGUCGCACUGGUCGGAUGGCGAGCAGGCCACCGGCCUCCGCCGCAUACUCCGCCUCGGCGGUGAUCGCACGAGUGUCGUGGCCGAGUCGACGCACCCGCCGCCGCCGCCCCCUGGCGUGAUUCCGUCGCCGGCUGUGGCGCACUUCUACGACUCGCGGCGCAGCAAGCAGCCCUUCGCGAGUCUGUGGCAUGUGCGGCACGUAUAUGCCGUGUACCCGUCGCGUGCGCAGCUCGUAGAGGACAGCGUGCUGUUCAAGGCCGAGGGAUCGCUGCCGCACGCGUCCACGACGUCGGCGACGCUGCACCCACGCACAUCGGGCUGGGUCAUGUUUAUGCCUGACAUUCCCGCGGGCCAGGCGCGCGGUGCGAAUGCUGAGAUGAUGAAGUGGAUUAUUGCGAUGAUGGAUGCCUUUGGGCUGUAUGGUCGUCCGGAUCAGUUUGCGUGGGACCCACGCAGCGCCCACUCGCCGUUCUUUGCGUACCCGAUCGGGCCGUUCAAGGACCACCUGUUCCUUGAUCGCGCGCUGGCCGAGUGCCUGGACAUCUCGGUCGAAGACCACAUGGCGACGCGCCAGAUGCUGCAUGACAUUAUGGCCGCACGUAUGCGUGGCGAGCAGACGGCGAUCGCGCCGCCGCUGCCGGCGAUCCUGUCGCAGAGUGCGUCGCAGCCCGCGCCGGCCCCGACGACGCCCGCUGACGCCCUCCCGACGCCGCGCGCACCGCUCUCGAGCGAGAUGCCGACAGACGCUGCGCCCGCCGCUGACGCCAGGCCCGGUUCAGGGGAGGCGCUGCCUUCGGCCGCCCUCGCGGCCGGCACCUCGCCCACGGGCGCCUCUUCGUACGGUGUGCUAUCGUCCAGUGUCUCUUCCUACCAAGCCGCGCCCGCAUCCCGGGCAGAUCGAGACGCUGCGGAAGCUGGCGCCGCGCCCUCAGCGGAGGCAGAUCUGACGGCGCCCAAAAAACUCAAGGCCGCUGCCUUCCAGGCGCGCCGCUCAUCGAUGGAGCCGGCGGUGCAGGCACCACCCGCGCCUCAUCCCACGUUCGACCAGGCCUACCGCGAGUACGACCAUGCGGCGGCGUCCGGCCCAUCGACUUCCCUGUACGAGGCCCUGCCGACGUUGCCGCCGGUAUCGUCGGAGAUGGACGAAUUGGACCGCACACUCCAGGCGCUCACGACCGAGCCGGACACGCAGCCGAUCAACCCGCGGCACGAUCUGAUUUAUCCGUGGCCGAUCCCCGAGCAGGCGGAACAGACGCCCCUCUCGCCGAUCGCCGAAGCAUCGCAGGCCAGUGCGCCGCCCGUCAGUACGCAGACCCAGGCGAGCGCCUACGCCGGCACGCACAGUGCCCCGACCGAUGCGCCAGGCGCCAGUGCCUCGAGUGCCUCACCGGCGCUGCCAUCGACGCUGUCGUUCCUCGCGCCCUCCGUCGGCGCAAGUGUGCAUAGCGACAUGGAGCACGAGACGGAGGCGCCUGUCGUGCAAGACUACAUCGAGGAGCGCCAGGCGCUGCCCCCCGUCACGAGCUCCGUCGUAACGACCUCGCAGCCGCCGAGGCGUGCGCCCAUGCCGAGCAACGACGACGACGCGUACGGCGUGCCGGACGAGCAGCGCAGCCCGCCGGAUGCACCGCGGCGGCGCGUCAUGCCGAUCGACGACACGGGCGCGUACCCCUCGUCGUUUGGCCGCCGACAGCAGCCACCGCAGGCAUCGAGCGCGCAUGCCAAGCACGCGUCCGUCCGUCCAGGCCGCAUGCCCGGCGCCGUGUCUCAGGCCUCGCACGAGUGGGUCGAUCACGACGUCGAGCAUGACGUGCCGGAGGCACCAGCGGACGCGCCAGCGCCGGACCCCAGCGAGUUUUGGAUCUCGCCGUCCACGCCCGCGUCGGCGCAUGACCCGGCCCCCGACCCGGCUCCCCUGCCCGCGGCACCGAGCAUGGCGCCUUCUCAGCCGCUGCCGACCGCCCGCACCAAGGCAUCCGCGCCGCCGCGCACGACGUUUGUGAAGCUCGACGAUCCCCGCGCAUCGCGCGCGCACCCCACGCAGGGCCUCCUCGCCACCGCAUCGCAGGAGCGGCUCGCACGGAACGCACGUCAACAGGAGGCACGCGAGGCCGGACAGGCGCUCGUCCAGGUGCCCUCCAAGCCGCCGCCGCCGCAGGCCGGGCUCAUGGGCGCGAUCCACUCGCGCCACACGUCCACCGCGCCAGGCGAACAGCCGCGCCCGGCGCGCCCCGCGUCGGCAGCUGCGCCUCCCGUGUCGAGCCCACCGACGCCCUUGUGGCCGCAGCAGCAAAUGAUGAUGCACAUGUACUACUGGCAGCAGCAGCAGAUGAUGAUGAUGGGCAUGAUGCCGUACAUGUCGCGCGAGAACAUGAUCGCUCAGCAGCAGGCGAUGCAAGCCGCGCAGCAGGCGUACUACCAGGCGUACAUGCAAUACGCGCCUUCGUCCGCCAUGCCGACGCCCGCUUCCUCGCCAGGUAUGCCGAGCAUGCCGAUGAUGCCGAUGAUGCCGAUGCCGAUGAUGGAUGGCAGCAUGCCCAUGAUGCCGACGUCGUCUUCGUCCGCGAGCCACGGCUCGGCUGCGCGCGAUAGCAGCGCGCCUAGUCAGAGGUCGUCGACGGCAUGGGACGCGCCCAAGUCCAAAUCUCCACCGCCGCCCAUGGCACGGACGCACCGAGCCUAG